UGAGUGCGGGCGGGCCGAGAAGCCGGAGACACAUUUCCGCUCGCUGCCAAUUUCACGAGCCCCCUCCUUCCCCCUCACCAGCUCCCCGCGUGGUUGCCUUCAACCUCAAGAAGCUGGGUCUGUAGGUGCACAGAUUCCCUAGCGCUGGUUUCGUCUCCACGAGGAGAGCCGCUUCUCUUUGUAUAUUCCUACCCCUUGAGCUGCCCCAAGAAUAGGGUGGAAGAUGUCCAUGGAUGUGACCUUCCUAGGGACGGGCUCUGCCUACCCGUCCCCCACCCGAGGGGCCUCAGCCAUAGCUCUCCGAUUCGAAGGUGCCUGCUGGCUGUUUGACUGUGGAGAAGGGACGCAGACACAGUUCAUGAAAAGCCAGCUGAAAGCAGGGAGAAUUACAAAGAUCUUCAUAACUCACCUUCAUGGGGACCACUUCUUUGGCCUUCCUGGUCUUCUUUGCACCAUCAGUCUCCAGAACAGUUCCAGUGCUUCCAAAACCCCCAUGGAAAUCUAUGGGCCUGUUGGGCUUCGGAACUUCAUCUGGAAGACUAUGGAACUCUCUCACUCAGAGUUGACAUUCCCCUACAUUGUCCAUGAGUUGGUGCCCACAGAAGAUCAGUGCCCUCCUGGAGAAUUAAAAGAUUUCUCUUCCCUGGAUAAAAUGGACAGCAUUCCCAAAGAGAUCCAAGGGAGGACUAUCCUUUUAGACUCAGCUGAAGAAUCUUAUGUACUGGUCAACGAUGAGCAAUUUCUUGUAAAAGCAUUUCGUCUCUUCCAUCGCAUUCCAUCCUUUGGUUUCUCUGUGGCAGAGAAGGAACGCCCAGGUAGACUCAAUGCACAGAAACUAAAAGACCUUGGUGUGCCGCCAGGUCCUGCCUACGGGAAACUGAAAAAUGGAGUUACUGUCGUUUUGGAAAAUGGAGUGAAAGUUUCUCCCCAAGAUGUCUUAGAAAAGCCUAUUCCUGGAAGAAAAAUCUGUAUUUUGGGUGACUGCUCUGGAGUUGUAGGUGACGGAGGAGUGAAACUAUGCUUUGAGGCUGACCUUUUGGUCCAUGAAGCCACUUUAGAUAAUGCUCACAUGGACAAAGCGAAAGAAUAUGGUCACAGCACCCCACAAAUGGCAGCAGAGUUCGCAAAGAUGUGCAAAGUCAAGAAACUGGUACUCACUCACUUCAGUCAGAGGUACAAACCACAUCUCUUGUCUGGAGAGGGAGAAGCAGAUGAUAUUAGAGAAUUAAAAAAGCAAGCAGAAUCUGUAUUGGAUUUCCAAGAAGUGACUUUAGCAGAGGAUUUUAUGGUGAUUGACAUUCCAAAGAAAAAAACUAUCAGCAUUACCUGAGUAUGUUUUCAUGUGCCAAAUUGUAACUGAGCCUACUCUCCAGAUUUCUGUCUGAAAUUAUUUUUGGGCCCAAUAAUCCCAGGAGGGGUGGGGCUGCAUUGCUGGAUUGACCUGUGUGGCCUUCAUGGUAUUGCAUGGAGUGGCUCUUAACACCAACAGCCUUCUUAAAGUCCCAGUUUGAUUCAGUAAUAGUCUGAAUAUAUAAUAGAUAAAUCCUUACAGUAGUUUUAAUUGUUCCCUUGAAUUUGAUCCAGUACUUUCUCUGUCUCCCUCCCCCAGCUGUGGACUCAAGCCCAAGCUGAAUGUUUUUGCUAUCAUUAUCUUAAUGCAGAAAAAUAACAGUGGAUUAAGUAGAUAGGGAGAAGAAAUGGAAGGAAAAUCUUAGAAAGCAUUUGAAGUUGAAUAUAAGAACUCAACAAUACUACAUCUUAGAUGAUGUGCUAAACCCAAGUUUGGGCUAAAACUCUCUUGUUUCAUUUAGUUUCUGUUUAAAUUUAAAUCUGGAUUGCUAACUUAUAUGGUUUUAGGAUUUAUAUUUGGAUCAAUCUCUAUUAUAAACAGGCUACAAAAGACUGUAGGAAUUAUUUGUUUGAACUGGCAUAUUUCAAAUAAUCAAAUAUUUCUUGAAAUAAGUGGGUCACAAUAUAUACCAAAAUGUUUGUAGCAAAGAACUGGAAAUGAAGUAAAUACCCUUCAAUAGGGAAAUCAUUGUUUUGGCACAUGAAAGUAAUAGAAGAGUUCUGCUGUGUAAUAAACAAUGAAUAUGAAGAAGCCUGGCAAGACUUCUUCUGAAUUGAUGCACAAUAAAGUAAGCAGAACCAGGCAAAUGAUCUCCAAGGUUACAACAAUGUCAAUAGAAACCACAACAAAAGUGAAACCAGAUGCUCUGUCAUUGUCAUUCUCAAGCUCUGCCCUAAAGAAGAGAGAGGAGAAAUCGCAUCAUUCUCUUCCUCCCAGUACAUUCCCUGUUUUCAACAGUUUUAUCUGUGUUAAUCAGUUUUGUGACCUAACAGCUGUGGGAAGCAACAAAAACCUGGUUCCUUUUCAGAUUUGAUGUGUAUUGAAGUUUCCUUUGUGCAUUCCUUCAUUUAGUGGGGCUUUUAAAACUAUGUACUUUGAACACUACUUUUCUGCUGCAGAUUACAUAGUAACAUUGAAGUGCCAGAAGAAACUUCAUUUUAAUGGUAACUGAGAUUACCCUCAAAUUUCUUUAGCAUAUUAGUUGUAAGUGUUUAUUUAAUUAUAAUAUGCCUUAUACAGGAGGCCCUAAUUAAUUCUGAUGAAUUGGUUUAAAAGAGUCCCAAGGAUAAUCCAAAGAUAAAAAUAAGGAAUAAAGAUUAAAAAAAAAAGGAGACCAGGCAUAUGAUUCUCUCAUGAAGUCGGCUGACCUGGGGCUCUUCUGUUUCUCUGGCCUCAGGGGACUUGAUUGAAUGGGCUUUAACAGGAGGGACUACUAAACUAUGGUAUGUAGACUUUCCUGACCUGGAAAGGAUUUUCACUGUUAAAUUAUUUGCUAGCAAGAACCAAGGCAGAAUUGUGAAAUUGCUUAUUUCUUCCUUGGUCUUUACUCUCCUGCUCUUCCUCUUCCCUCUUACUCCAAAUAAAUCUUUAAUGAGAGAAGAAUAUAUUUUUGUACUAGGGGAGCCUUCUGCCUGCCACCAGGCUCCUUGCAUCUUCUUUGCAGCUGUCCCAGUUACUGACAACCUUACUCUCCUUCCUAGUAAAUUCCAGACUUAACGGUUACCUUUAGGAUUGAAUAUAAAGUCUAAUCUGUUGGGCAUUAAAAGCCAUUCACAACCCAGUCCCAGUGUCCCUUUCCCAACCUCGGUACACUUUACUCCCUGCUCCCCUUCACAUCUGCUUUACCUUACCUGGGGCCCUCUACCUGUCGUUUCUGGGUCCUUGCCCUGGUGGUCCCCCUUGCCUGGAAUGCACAUCUUCUUCCCUUCUGCCUCUUAGAAAUACUAAUUUCCUUUAAGAUUUAGUUCAAGUGCCACCUGAUUUCUUUCUACCUCUAGCUACUAGUUUAUUAAAAUCAGCUGUUUUGUGUAUACAUGCUUUCUCCAAAAUAGGCUGUAAGCUCUUUAAGGGCAAGAACUUUUUUGUUUUUGACUAGGGGUCUUGUGAAUUUUUUUUUUUGUAUUUUGAUAACUGUAUUUCAGUAUAAUUGGUUUCAUUUGUGGUGAAUUUAUGUAUUUAAAAGCAUGGUGUCCAUGACACACAAAAUUUUAAGAUUUUUGACCUAGAAUAUAAGUGCUUAAUAAAUGGUUAUUCAUUGAGCCCUCUUUCCUA